CUCGUCGUGAUGGUGGCACAGGGCAUUUUGUUCAACAGCACGCUGUUGCUCUAAACCAUUCGAUCAAAUUGAUGUCUGUUCAUCCGCACGUCCGUAUGGCCGUUCAUGGCCAAAUCGUAGGCCCCAUUAUCAUGCUCCAUGAACCUCGUCGUGCGUUACGCAGCCUGGACCGACCGCCGAAUCCUUUUCCUGUCUUGGUCACCUGCGUUCCCUUCUUCACCGCUCACCCGCUCGGUCUCCUGGCAUCCUGGUUGUGGAUGCGCCUGAGCGGACGUCGCGAAGGCCUCAUCGCGCUCCCGCCGGGCGCAUGCGACGUGUCUCACUCUGUCGCACAGUCAAUAGCGUGCGGAUCUCGGAGCCGAAUGGGUCCUAAGUUAUCCUACUGUGCGUCUCGUCUCUGUUCAAGAAUUAUAACUGCUCAAGCCUGUCACGCCGUCGGACCCGAUUCGCGAAUGCGUGGUGCCAAAGGACCAUCAACCCGCGGUUGCGUGAUCUUUUCAAUGACAGGUGCAGGGAAACGUAUGACUUCGCUGUAUGAGGAUGAUGCACAGAUUCCGGAUCAUCGUGGACAGGUUCGUGCUCGCUAGCUUCUCGAUGCAGCGAGGCCGACGUUAACUUGUCGUCCGCCUCUGAAUACGGUCAAAAGCGAU